AUGCGCUACCUCCCGUUCCUUGGUAAGAGGCCUGUAAUCACGGUUCUGCUCACAACUGACGUAAUUGAAGCCACCGCAUGCGGUCUGAUCGCAUCUAUCGCAGCAUUCGAUAUCUCGCCGCAAGAGGUACUAGACUCGAACACGCCCAAAUUCUUGACUGGAGCAAUCGAUCCUUGCUCGUUGGCCGACUCUCCAAAAGCAAAUGCGAGCGUUCAGCUUAGCAGUUGGUUAGAAUGCGCUGUCAAUGGAUUCUAUCCAUACCCCGCGAACACGAACUGGCCCAACGGCCAUGCGAAAUCAUUCUCGAAAGACAUCAAGUUCACCUUCAACGACACGCAUUACGACUUCGAUGGCUCGCGGCGACUCUAUACAAUCUUCAACGCGACACUGGGUAUGGCCUUCGCGCCUUUCAAGCAUGGCCCCAUCAACACCCUUGGUGUGCCCAACAUAAAUGGCGAUAAAGGUGGCUUCGUGUACAUGAUCGGGUGGGCUGGUGGUUUCCAGACCCGCGUCAAACGCGACUUGUACUUCACAAACGCAGCAUUCGCGGUAGUCAAAGAGGAAGACGGAGAAAGGAAGAUUGCUGAGUUUCGAGAGAGCGGCAACAUUCCCAACACAGCACCACUGCCAGAGCCUGUCCAGUGGGAAUGCUCCUUCGAGUAG